AUGAAUAAUAAUGAUCUUCUGGUUAAGCAGUUUGAAGUAUUAAAAAAAGAUGCAACAACAGCAAUGUAAUAGUUAGCAAGUAACUUUGUUGUCUAAUUUGUUAGAGGAUUAUAAUAAUGUUUAAUUAGUAAAUCUAGCAAUUGAAUUAAAUUCAUUAUUAAAAAAAUAUGAAAAUGAAAACCAUAGAUUAAGGAAUGAAAUAGAUUAAUUACAACUUUAGAUUACUUCAGAUAUACGUAUAAAAGAGUUAUAAUAAAAUUUGGAUGUUGCAAACAAUAGAUAUUAUAAAAUUUUUGAGCAAUAUCAGAAUUCUUAGUAAGAGAAUGAGAAAAUUGAAAAAUAAAGAAAAAUUAUAGAAAAAAAAACGAACGAAUUUAUUUCUGGUUUAAAGUAAUAAUAUGAGGAGGCCCAAUAAAAAUUAAUUUAAUUUUACAAAGAAAAUUAAAGUCAAAAUGUAGAUAAGGAUCUUGUAUUUCCUCCAAAUCAAUAAUACUAGAAAGAAUUUGAAUAUUUUAAAAAGAGUUUUAAAGAUGUUUCAGUUUAAUGUAGUUUUAUAAUCAAAGAAUUUGAAAAAUCUAUAAAAUAAGCUAAAGAAGAGUAAGUUAGUGAUGAUGAAAUAUAUACCUAAAACUUAUGA